AUGGAUUAUCUUACAAAAUGCAAGGGGCUGCAACUAAAUCAUCUCUGCUUUGCAGAUGAUGUAUUAUUGUUUUGCAAAGGGGAGCUCCAAGCUAUAGUACUGAUGUUGAGAGGACUACAAAGCUUCUCAAAUGCAUCUGUACUUACUACAAAUGCUGCAAAAUCUAAUAUCUUCAGUGCAAAUAUGGAUGAACAAUGCUUGCAAGACAUAUGUGAGUUGACAGGUUACAAGAGGGGAUCCCUACCUUUAAGAUAUCUUGGGGUACCUAUAUCACCAAAGAAACUUGCAGCACUGGAUUGUGAAAUCUUAGUGAAUAAGAUGACAAUGAUGAUUAAAAGCUGGGGGACUAGAAACUUAUCAUAUGUAGGGAGAGUUUUACUAGUAAAUGUAGUACUAAUGCACAUACACUCUUACUGGGCAUCCAUCUUUGUGCUGCCUAAGAAAGUGAUUAAAAGCAUUAUAGGAGUAUGUAUGAGUUUCUUGUCGGAUGGGAAAGUCCACACUAAUAAGUCAUAUCUAGUAGCAUGGGACUUGGGAUGCAGGACAAAAAGACAGGGAGGCUUAGGGGUACAUGAUACUGCUGCCUGGAAUGAAGCAGCUAUAGCAAAGUAUGUCUGGAAUAUAGCAGCCAAAACAGAUAUUAUGUGGGUCAGAUGGCUAACUACAAGUGGAGUUUAUACACAAAGUAAUGGCUAUAGCUGGAAGAAAGGGGCUAUGGAACACUGGCCUUGGCGAGGGUGGGUAUGGAAUAAGAUGAACAUGCCUAAACACAACCUAAUCUGUUUGUUAGUAGCACAUAACAGACUCUUGACGAAAGAUAGACUGAAACAUAUGGGAAUUAGCAAAGACAGCUUAUGUGAGAUAUGUGGAGCUGCAGAAGAAACAGUUGCUCAUUUGUUCUUUGAAUGUCCACUUGCGAGGAGGUACACGGAAGACACUCUGAGAUGGUUAAACAUAGACAUUAGGAAUAUGGAGCUGCGAGGGUUAGGCAGAAGAAUGACCAGACAAGUUAAAGGCAAAAUAUGCAGGGCAAUUGUGUUGGCCAUACUAGCAGCUGUAGUUUAUAACAUACGGAGAGCAAGGAACUUAGCACUUUGGGAACAUAAGGUGAUACGACCUGGGCAGCUAUGCAGUCAGAUAAAGCAAGAUUGUAAGCAUAAAUAA